AUGGAUCUUAAUUACAUAGUCGGCAAAGAUACAGCAUGUUUACGAAAGCUCGAUGAACUAGGCUGCGACUUAGACUCCCUCUUCUUCAUCUCCAAAGACCUUUUUUCUAUAGUCGACGAUCUUGGUCUCAACUCCAAACAAGCCUCAGAAUUUUUCUUCCGAAUAAAAAAUGCUUACGACUCCUCCCAAGGUAAACAAGUCGACCCUGACCUAGCUCUCUACGAGAAUUCCAGAGCCAAUCCAAGCCGGCUGAGCAUUGAAAACAAAUCUACAGGUAAAACAUUUUUCUUCAGGCUCGUCUCCCAACAGCCCAAAACAGACAAAUCAUCAGCACUUUUCAGAUGUGAGACCUGUGAAGACGAGCAGCAGCUCCGAAGAAAUGACAUAAAAUCUCAUGUAACAACAAAACAUAUGGGUUAA